CUGCGGUCACCCUCACCGCCCUCACGGACAACCUGGCCAACACCCAUGUGUUGAAGAGGUAUGGGUCGAGCAAAUACCCGCUGUCGAUUGUGGCGAUGGAGCUGGCGGUUCAGUUGGCCAUGCUAGGCAUCGAUCUGCAACUUCAAUGGGUCCCAAGGGCACAAAACCAACCCGCUGAUGACUUGACCAAUGACCGCUUCGAGGACUUCGAUGAGAAGAACAGGCUUGAGGUGGUAUUUGAAGAGUUGCCAUUUCAAGUGAUGAGCAGGCCCGGCGAGCUGGACUCGGAGCUGCGUCUGCAUAAGACGUCCAGAGAGGCGAAGCUGGCGCAGCUGAAGGAGGUCUCGGCGGCUGCGGGCGGCAAGACCAAGAAGGGCGAGAUGCGGUGGAAAGAUCCAUGGUGAGGAUGUCACUUCGUCGCCGAAACCACCCAUCACCCAAGACCUCAAGUAUUUGGAAGAGCCCACGAGCCCCAAGUGCCCAGACAAGAGCCUAGACCACACUUCAGCUACACACACGAUCCGAGAAGACGAACGACAAGCCAUUGGCAUACCUGGAGCUGUGGUCGAAGAGAUUGGUCAGGCAGACAGUGUGGAUUCACAAGGUACGUCCUCGAGCCUCCCUCGCACUCCGAAGGGGCCAGAUGGUCAACCAUCUGAAAUGCGAAACUCUGGGGCAAGACACGUCAAAGACAUUGAAGACGUUGAAGAAUCCGAAGAAAGUGCCACAUUCCUGCUCUUGCUAGAUGCCAUUCCUGCACUUGUCAUUCUUGCAAGCGCGGCAGUUGCCGGUAUCAAUGCAGAUUACGCCGUGAAUCAUUGGAUAUGGGAUGUCCUCGAGGCGCUGUUCACUGCUUUUUUCACCGCAGAGAUUUUGGUGAAACUCAAGGUGUUCGGCUGCAAAGGCUUCUUCUGGGGAGCCGAUUGGUAUUGGAGCUGGUUUGACCUUCUUUGUGUUGUCCUUGCAUUGGUGGAAAUGAUCAUCACGUACACUGGCCGUACACUGGGCGCUGUGGGUAUAUUGAAGAUGCUCAAGCUAGCGCGAUUGGGCCGUAUCAUCCGUUUACUAAAGUUCAAGAUCUUUCAGGAGUUGAAGCUCAUGAUCCAAGGAGUAUUUACCGGACUUCGUGUUUUGUUUUGGGCCGUGGUUUUAUUGCUGGGUUGCGUCUACUUGCUGGGUGUGGUUACAAGGACAAUCUUUACUGACAGGCCGGAAUUCAACAGCGUGGGGCAAGCAAUGUUCACAUCUUUCCGCUGCUUCACAGACGGGUGCUCCACCUAUGAAGGUGCCCCGCUUCAGGAGAAAUUGUUUGAGGAGCACGGUGGCCUUUUUAUGCUGGUCUACAUUCUUCUAUUUUUGUUUGUCACCAUUGGCAUUUUCAAUUUGAUCAUGGCAGUGUUCAUUGACAACGUCACGGAUGGUAGCACAAAGAAGCGACAACGGGAGCUAGGUCUUAAUGCACCCCGGACUGGCUGGGUGAUUGCUUCUGAGCUGCGACACUUGAUUCUAUCCCGCUUCCUCUACAAAGAGGCUGAAGACGAGGUAGAUGCAGAGGAUGGUAACGAAGUUGACCGCCCUCGGCGAGUGUCCAAAAUAUUCAAAGAAAAGGUUCAAAAUCUGAGAGAGAUGUAUGGCUACAAGCCGCACACAACGCAGGAGUAUGACGACCUCACAGACCAGAUUCGGGAGGAAAUGGCAAACCGGAAGAUUGUGGUUACACGAACCGAAUUCAAUCAUUGGCUGUCUACGGAGAAGCCAUUGCUUGAGACCUUGAAUGACGCCGAAAUUGAUUUAUCGUGCAAGUCUGAUUUAUUUGAUGUCCUUGAUGCUGACCUGAGUGGGGAGUUAGAAUUUGAGGAGAUGGUUGACGGACUAUUGAAGUGCAGAGGUCCUGCGUCGAAGACAGAUAUCAUUGCCAUCCGGCUCAAAACACGUUUGCUAGUUCGCCUGAUGAUCCGGAUCUGUGAGAAGUUUGACAUUGACGUAUGAUGUCGUGAGCGGCGUCCAAAGUGUUUCAUAGGAGCGCUAACAUCUCUGCAGGAUUUAACGUCCCUUGACGAUCUUUC